AUUUAGUUUUAAAUUCCCAGUCUUCUUUUGAUUUCUUUGUUUUAAAGAUAUGAUUUAAUGUUUUAAAAUUGUCAAUGAUAUAACGAAACGCAAUUCAGCGAAUAUUGCCAGCGCUUCAAAUUAUUACUCCCCAUCGUCGUUUGUACUACGUGUAUAUUGUACGACUAAUAAAUAUACUUCCAUAUAUUAUGUUUUAUUAGGAGAAAAGACUUCUGAAUACAUAUAAGUGUUUAUAAUAUAUAUAUGAUCACUUCAUUUGUUUUCCUCGCUCAGGGUGCAGUCAUUCUAUUGGUUUUUAAAAACACAUCCCUCGCAGCGCAUCCUCGCACAUCUCUGGUCGAAACGCAGCUUAGCCUGAUUUACAUGCGUGCCGUAACUUGCCAAGCCAGAGACGCUGUUAUGCGUUAGAGGGAGCAACUGAUAUUGCUAUCUCAUUCCACCUUAUAGCUGCACCUCUGACGCUUGGCAAGUCUCAGCACGCAUGUAAAACAGGCUUUAAGUUCAUAACAUGAAUCUAAUAUUACGUAUGGAUUAGGCAUGAGUGGUGGAGGGGAACUGACAGAACGAGAUAGUCUUAUGUAUCUUUUGGUAGGACUAGCAGAGAAAGCGUUAUUAUUGUUUGUCCUUGUCACAGUCUCACAUGUUUUUCUGUACCCCACCGUAAAUUUAGUUUGUUUUAUGGUGGGUAACAAAUAACUAGACCAAAUCACGUAGGUUGUUUUUGGUACGUUGUGAGGAAUGUAAAACGUAUUUUUAAUUUUGUCGCAUUGCGUAUGUUCUAUCCCUCACGGGCGCAUGCGGUAUACCACAUCUAUAGGAUACUAAAAACUUUUACAAUCAAUGGUUCACAACUUCACAUGCAUGUUUAUUUUCUUUCAUUGAAACAAGUGAUUUCCCCAAUCGUAGUUUUUUUUACCACAGGUUACCCACUAACGUCAAAAAUUGUCAAUACACAUACAGUCUGAAAUUUUUGUUGCUGUUUUUAGAAUAGUGGAGUAGUACAAUAACGUGCGUUUCUUUGUUUCCUUUGUAUGGAGACUAGGUGUUAAUCGACUGUUACGUGACCAGUGUUCUUGAUGGUUUCGGGUGACGAUUCAAAUGGUCGUUUAUCGCGUAAAACAACGAGGUCCCCGAACCGAAAGUCGAAGAAGGCUGAUGCGGACCUAGCGAAGGGGUCUGCGUUGCGAAAUGACCCGCCGCCUUCUGUUCACAAGAGGAACCUUUACGUUGUUUCUUUUCCCAUUAUUAUACUUUUUAAUAUUCUAAGAUCAUUGCUGUAUCAGUUAUUUAUAGUGUUUAAGUAUUUGUAUUCGGCGUCUCAUCGUUUUAUGCGUAAACCGUGCAAGAAUGGUGAAUAUAACCUAGAGGUGGUAGUGAAAGACGGAGCAGUGUCGACGGAGAUCGCGGGCGAGAUGGCGUACAGCCACAAUGUGGGGCCGGGGGACCCGCUGCUGGCAAAACAGAAGCAUCACCAUCGGAAAGCUUUUGAGUACAUAUCAAAAGCUUUGAAGAUUGAUGAGGAGAAUGAGGGUCAGAAAGAGCUAGCAAUAGAACUUUACAAGAAAGGCAUCUAUGAACUGGAGCGGGGCAUAGCCGUGGACUGUUGGGGCGGCCGCGGGGAUGCAUGGCAGCGCGCGCAGCGGCUGCAUGACAAGAUGAAGACCAAUCUCGGGAUGGCUAAGGACCGGCUGCACUUUCUUGCUAACCUAGUCGCGCUCAGUCAGUUGGGCGUCGAAGAGAGGAGCGACAAAGACAAAAAAGCGGAGUCCCCUGUAAAGAGGAGGCCUUUAGAAAAGGCAAAGACGACGUUGCUCGCCCAUACUGAAAGUAACAGUGGUCAAACGAAGGCAACGAGUGAAGUGGCAGGCCGUAAGCUGACAACAGGCGGGCGGCGGCUGCCCGGCGGCUCCGGGCCUCUAAUGAAGUCCCAGACUCUACCAAGAUCCAUGGGACGCUCGUCAUCUCAACCGAACAGCUCAACAUAUACCCGGUAUCCGGUGAAACCUGCCUCAACGCCGCCUGCAGUGAAGAGGCAGUUAUCGAGCGCGUAUCAGGUCCCUGUCAACGGAUCCCCAGUACGGCGCGCCGUGGGAUCCAACCGAGGGACUCCGACACGAAGCCGGACACCGCAGCAGACACUCACGGUCCGUGGGGUGGAUCCGAAGCUGGUGCAGUUGAUACUGGAUGAAAUUGUGGAAGGAGGGCCGAAGGUGCAGUGGGAUGAUAUCGCUGGGCAGGAAGCAGCAAAGCAAGCGCUUCAAGAAAUGGUGGUGUUGCCAUCUCUGAGGCCGGAGCUGUUCACGGGCCUGCGGUCGCCCGCCAAAGGCCUGCUGUUAUUCGGCCCUCCAGGGAACGGUAAAACCCUCCUCGCCCGAUGUGUGGCCGCAGAAUGCUCGGCGACUUUCUUCUCGAUAUCAGCCGCCACUCUCACCAGCAAGUACGUGGGUGAUGGAGAGAAAAUGGUGCGCGCGCUCUUCCAAGUAGCCAGGGAAUUGCAGCCCUCAAUAAUAUUCGUGGACGAGGUAGACUCGCUCCUCUGCGAGCGGUCAUCGAGCGAGCACGAAGCGUCCCGACGGCUCAAGACAGAGUUCCUCGUGGAGUUCGACGGUCUGCCCGCAGCGGGUGCUGACCGGCUUAUCGUUAUGGCUGCUACCAACAGGCCACACGAACUGGACGAGGCUGCGCUCAGACGUUUCCCUAAGCGAGUAUACGUGUCGCUCCCCGACGUCCGGACCCGCGAGCAGCUGCUGCGCGGGGUGCUGGCGCGGGGCGCCGCCGCGGCCGCGCUGUCGCCCGAGGAGCUGGCGCGCCUGGCCGCGCUCACGGACGGCUACUCGGGCAGCGACCUCACCGCGCUGUGCCGGGACGCCGCGCUGCAGCCGAUCAGAGGUGAGCUGACGCCCGAGGAGCUGGCGCGCCUGGCCGCGCUCACGGACGGCUACUCGGGCAGCGACCUCACCGCGCUGUGCCGGGACGCCGCGCUGCAGCCGAUCAGAGGUGAGCUGACGCCCGAGGAGCUGGCGCGCCUGGCCGCGCUCACGGACGGCUACUCGGGCAGCGACCUCACCGCGCUGUGCCGGGACGCCGCGCUGCAGCCGAUCAGAGGUGAGCUGACGCCCGAGGAGCUGGCGCGCCUGGCCGCGCUCACGGACGGCUACUCGGGCAGCGACCUCACCGCGCUGUGCCGGGACGCCGCGCUGCAGCCGAUCAGAGGUGAGCUGACGCCCGAGGAGCUGGCGCGCCUGGCCGCGCUCACGGACGGCUACUCGGGCAGCGACCUCACCGCGCUGUGCCGGGACGCCGCGCUGCAGCCGAUCAGAGGUGAGCUGACGCCCGAGGAGCUGGCGCGCCUGGCCGCGCUCACGGACGGCUACUCGGGCAGCGACCUCACCGCGCUGUGCCGGGACGCCGCGCUGCAGCCGAUCAGAGGUGAGCUGACGCCCGAGGAGCUGGCGCGCCUGGCCGCGCUCACGGACGGCUACUCGGGCAGCGACCUCACCGCGCUGUGCCGGGACGCCGCGCUGCAGCCGAUCAGAGGUGAGCUGACGCCCGAGGAGCUGGCGCGCCUGGCCGCGCUCACGGACGGCUACUCGGGCAGCGACCUCACCGCGCUGUGCCGGGACGCCGCGCUGCAGCCGAUCAGAGGUGAGCUGACGCCCGAGGAGCUGGCGCGCCUGGCCGCGCUCACGGACGGCUACUCGGGCAGCGACCUCACCGCGCUGUGCCGGGACGCCGCGCUGCAGCCGAUCAGAGGUGAGCUGACGCCCGAGGAGCUGGCGCGCCUGGCCGCGCUCACGGACGGCUACUCGGGCAGCGACCUCACCGCGCUGUGCCGGGACGCCGCGCUGCAGCCGAUCAGAGGUGAGCUGACGCCCGAGGAGCUGGCGCGCCUGGCCGCGCUCACGGACGGCUACUCGGGCAGCGACCUCACCGCGCUGUGCCGGGACGCCGCGCUGCAGCCGAUCAGAGGUGAGCUGACGCCCGAGGAGCUGGCGCGCCUGGCCGCGCUCACGGACGGCUACUCGGGCAGCGACCUCACCGCGCUGUGCCGGGACGCCGCGCUGCAGCCGAUCAGAGGUGAGCUGACGCCCGAGGAGCUGGCGCGCCUGGCCGCGCUCACGGACGGCUACUCGGGCAGCGACCUCACCGCGCUGUGCCGGGACGCCGCGCUGCAGCCGAUCAGAGGUGAGCUGACGCCCGAGGAGCUGGCGCGCCUGGCCGCGCUCACGGACGGCUACUCGGGCAGCGACCUCACCGCGCUGUGCCGGGACGCCGCGCUGCAGCCGAUCAGAGGUGAGCUGACGCCCGAGGAGCUGGCGCGCCUGGCCGCGCUCACGGACGGCUACUCGGGCAGCGACCUCACCGCGCUGUGCCGGGACGCCGCGCUGCAGCCGAUCAGAGGUGAGCUGACGCCCGAGGAGCUGGCGCGCCUGGCCGCGCUCACGGACGGCUACUCGGGCAGCGACCUCACCGCGCUGUGCCGGGACGCCGCGCUGCAGCCGAUCAGAGAACUAGAUCCCGAGGAGGUGAAGUGCUUGGACCUGUCACUAGUGCGGCCAAUCACGUUCCAGGACUUCAUGGACGCGUUGAAGCGGAUCCGUCCGUCCGUGUCGCCGCACAGCCUAGUGGGGUACGAGAAGUGGUCCGUGCAAUAUGGGGAUCUCGGGCUAUGAACCAAUACAGGUAUUUCCAAGGUUGAAUAAACAAGGGUGAGUCAGUAAUUGUAAGCAAGUACGGGACAACACUACGCUCAAAUGUUAAACUUUCCACUCGAAUAUUCCCUCAUAGUUCUAUUGACGUAUUAUUUCAUAGUUCUUUAUGUUUAUUCUGAAUAUCAUCUAGUCAGAUUUCCACUGUCACUGUCAUGUUUUAAACGUGUAUAGUAUGGAGUGUGGAAUUAAAAGGAGUGAAAUCUCUUAUGGUAGAACUGUUGCAAAAGUGUCCAGCUGUUAGCUAUAAAUAAUAGUUCCAAAUCUCUCCAGAGUAGCGCUAGAGUAGCUAAGAACCUAGGCGCUAUAGACGGAGUGAAGUGCGCUGUCUAUGAUUUGAUUUUUUUGUUCAAGUAUUCUAGGUAUUGUAGCGCCACCUAUUUAAGGUUUUUUGAUGACACUUUUUGGUACAUGGAGAUUUAUUUCCUUACCUCCACCUUCCGUAGUGUAUAGUAUGAAGAGUAGAGGUAAGGAGAACAAUCUCUUACAGAACUGUUGCUAAAGUGGCAGCUGGAUAAUAGUUCGAAAUCUCUCCGGUGGCGUUAGGGUAGCACAAGAACAAGACAUGAACUUAGACGUUAUUGAGGGAGUGAAGUGCGCUGUCAGUGGUUUAAAUUUUUUUAUCAGUCAUAAAUUUGUUCGCGAUGUAUUGUGGCGCCACCUAUUUUAGGUUUUUUGAUGGACACUUUUCGUACAUAUAGAUUGUUCUCCUUACCUCUAACCUCCAUAGUGUAUAGAAAUAAUGUCGUUUAGGCCCUUUUACUAUUAUCUUUAAGAUAACGACUGUUGUUUGAAAUAAUGUGAUAUUGAAAGGGCUUAAGGGACAAACUAAGACCAUAUUCGAUGUAACGUUUAUACCAAUCCUCAAAUAUACUUGCCAUUAAAUCUGUCGAACAAAAAACUGUAGUGGUAGCUUGUACAGUCAGCGUCAAAUACUUUAUAGCAACCAAAGUAGUCAAAUAGUUCGGUACACCAUAUAUUUAGUAUGGUGUACCGAACUAUUUGGCCACUUUGACUGCUACAAAGUAUUUGACGCUGACUGUACAGUCGCGGACUUUAAUUGUUGAACCAUUUAGGGCUUACUUUACUUUCGGCGUUUCAUACCGUUAGUAUAACUUUGGAGACAUUUCAUACCGUUAGUAUUACUUUGGACGUUUCAUACCGUUACUAUUACUUUGGAGACGUUUCAUACCGUUAGUAUUACUUUAGUAUUGACGACCCAAUUAGGUUGAACCUUACAUGGAUCCACAAUUUAAAGUCAGUGACCGUACCAUCAUCAUCGGAAUCAAAGGAAAUUGAAUUUUAGGAUGUUGAAUUUAAGAUUGCGUUUUGAGUGACAUUAUCAAGUAUGGAAGUAUAAGAAAGAAUCUCACUGUCGUAUGAAAAAAGUAUUUUUAAACGGACUUGAUGUACUUGCUACCCCUACAGUUUUAAUAUUAAGUCUUAAAUAGUAUUAUGGUGCAAGUAAGAAAAUCUUUACAAUUAUGAGACCUAAAUGUAUGUAAUGUAUUUUUCCCGAUUUUUACAACUAGCAACACUGUCAAUGUUGUAACCUAAUAUAAUAUUAAUGAAAUAUUGAAAACUUUUCUGAGCUUAAGUAAUUUUUCUGCAUCUAUCAAUUUAGUGUUUUAUCAUAUCAAUCUAAUAAUUGAUUGGAAAUGUACAAUAUUGUACAGUUAAUAUUAGGGGCCCAUUUCUCGAACGGUAUUAGUCUAAUAUUAUUAGUCCACGAACUGUCAAAUCGGAGAAGUUACCAUGGCAACACACUAAUAACAUUAGUCUAAUAUCGUUCGAGAAAUAAGCCUCAGUUCGUGGAAUAAUAAUAUUAGUCUAAUACCGUUCGAGAAAUGGCCCCCUGAAGUAGCUAAGCGAGUUGGUUCUAAAUUAUCUUUCCAAAACUUUUUCUUAAGUGAAGAAAAGUUUGUAGAGAUCAUUUUUAAUACUUCGCCCGCUUAACUUCUUCUGAAGCUCACAGUACAAAUUGUAUAACAACUAUGAAAACGUUUGGAAAUUAAAUGAUACUAUUUUUUAGCCUCAGAAAAGUUUUUAGUAUGACCCUAAACAGCUUUCAAUGUUAUUCGAUGUAUAACGCUUACUACCACGGGCUAUAUUAGCCCGCAGCCCGUCCAGUCGAAGGAAAUGAUGUCUAACGAGGUUGGAAGAAGGUAUAUUUUUAAAUACUCCGGUUUGGCUUUUUUGACUAGGUUGCGGCAUUCGACUUAAGGGCUUUUACUCAAAUUUCUAAAUAAUAAGGCUGUGUAUAGACGACAUGAAAAUCGCCAAGUUUUUUACUAAACCAUAGACAACUUUUGGAUGAGCAUAGUUGAAAAAGAAUUCGUUACAUAAAAAAGUAGCCGUACUCAUACUGUCUUUGUCUUACGCUAGUACUAGCACCCAAAAGAAAGGGAUAAGUAUAAUUUUCCUGGUUCUUAUUGACUGACAAGUUGUGUUUGCCAGACUAUAGUUUGGCAAUAUGACAAGCUAGCAUGUUUAUUUCCGACAUAAACUAUUUGUCGUUCACGUUCUUACAUACUAGUAAAAGACUAAGGCGUAUGGCAUACUGCAUCCGAUUCGCACGUCGCUCCGAAGUUUGAGCGAGACAACGCUAUGCGCGUAUUAUAGCGACAUCCCGCUCACACAUUGCGUGAUGAGUAAUAAGUAGGUCGAACUGAGCAACUUUUACUAUAAGAUCGACCCCAAAAUAAAUGUUGGGUGUUUCAUGCUUUAGACUGAUCAAAUGUCGAUGAUUUCCAUGGGACACGAUUCUUUUUCAUUUCUCGGUUGAUUUCAUUGUUAAAGUAGUUACCUGCAUAUUAACUUCACAAAGUAUAGCAGAACUUUGUAAGUACUCGUAUGAUGCUUUUUUACCGUUUCAUAUUUACUAUACCCUGGCACACCCAUUUUGUCAUAUAAACGGGCGGCAAAUUUAAAACACGUAGGCGUGAAGAGUUAACUUCUCAUGGACAAUUUGAAUUUCGCGCCUGACAAAGUAGGUGUGUCUAAGUAUGCUUCUUAUGUUACGAAUUCUUGUGUGACGUCAUUUCAGCGCAUCUAAUGGCUAACUUGUCUAUGUUGAAAAACAAACGAUUUUAAACCCUAUCGUUUGAACAUAAAAAUCAUUAUUGCUUAAACCGGUGAACAAAUAAUGAAAUCAUUGUACAAAAUAUGUUUACCAUUUUAUUACGUAGAACCUUUAUGUAUAUUUAGGUAUGUAUAUGUUGCAAGUUAGUAGUACGUAGUUGGUAAUGUUUUUAAAUUAUUUAUAUACGGUUAUUUGGUAAACUAACACGAUUAAAAUUUUAUAGAUAUAGCUUUCCCGUCAAAAGUUUAUGUUAUUCUUAAUUGUUUGGACAGCUUAUAAAAUUAAAUUUAUUUGUUGAUUACUUAGCUUAUUAAAUUUAUUAUCUAUAAUGUAAAUAAUAGAGUUACGGCACUGUCUGUAUACAAUUCUGGCUAGAAACACUUGAUGACUCGAAAAUAUAAAUAAAUAUAAUUACUAUAAAUACUGAAAUAGACUACUCCAAUUCAAUUGUCGACCUAUAUAAAAAAGGUUUAUAAUCAAAUUACAACUUUCUAUACAAACGGCUUAGUGUAAGGCCUGAGUGGACGCUCGAGUUAGCGUGCAGCGGGGCGGGGCGUGCGGCGUGCAUGUUAAACAAAUGCAAAGGUAUAGGAGCGGCCUGAGAGCACGCUGCUCAAAUCACUUGUGAGCCCGACGCCACGCUGCACGCCCCGCCGAACGCUCCGCUUCGAGCGUCCACUCAGGCCUUACACUUACACUAACUCCAUAUGCAAACAGUGCCAGUACUCAUGCUUACAAUAUUUUAAUGCACCUACCAAUAGAUAUGUUUAUGCUAUUUACGCUGCAAUUCUUAUGAAUAGAUAUAUCGACGUCUUAAAACACAAAUGUGUAUUUCUAAAGUCAAUGUCAUUAUUUUGCAUGGCAAGCUAUGGUACGUAUUUGUGGUUUGAGCUGUUGAUUGACUAACGGGUAGCCUUCAACUUAGCCACGCAUUAGUAAGUUGCUCAAAUAUAUCGAUUUCGAGCGAACCGGGCUGUCGUACGUGGUAAUUCCGGUAGAUGGCGUUUAACGGUUUUAAUGAUGGAAAAAUUAAAAUAAAUGUUUGUUUGCAGAAAAAUUAAACUUAUGCUGAAAGUUACACAUGUUUACAAUAGUUUUCAUUAAGAUGCACAAAUUAUACAACUGCCAUGCUGUUCUACGUGUUACGUUUAAAUCCAAUGUCGACGUGUGAUUCUUUGAGAAACAUUCGUUAAUUAUUUCAAUAAUUUCCUUUUCAACAAAUAUCUACCAAGGAAUUACUACGUAGAUUGAUCCGUUAAAUAUAAAUUUUCUAAAAUUUCAUAAUAGUUUACAUUACAACGUGACGAUAUCAACUGGACCACGCUUAGUGUAGUGCCAUAGCGUCACUUUGCGGUGCAAAAUGUAGAAAGCAUUAAUUUCGUAUACUUCUUAAUGUAUGAGUAGAGGACAAUUCUGUUAUGAAAUUAAGUGAAAACGACAUUCAAAUAUACCAAUUUAAUGAUCUUACUCGCAAUAAAAUGCGAUAAUUCACCGUUCAUAUAAAAUCUACGACCUAAACGGAUUGCUAUAGUGACCAGGGAUGUCACGAAUAUCGCAUUAUUCACAUUCACGAAUGUGAAUACGAAUCCGAAUGUCCAGGAUGCGAAUGUCUGUAUGCGAAUACCAAUGUUUGGGAAUAUAGUUGUUAUCAUCAUUCCUAAUUAGACAAAAAUCUGUUAGUACAUAAAUCAUAUGUUACCUUAGAACGGGAUGUUGUAAAGUGAUGAAAAAUGCUGUCUACUGGUCAAAAUGCAUUACUUGAAAAGAGUUUGCGCGCUCUGACACGACCUGCGCACAUUCGCAUUCGCAAAACAUUCGCUUAAUAUCGAUGAGCUGAUGCGAAUGUUUAAAAUGAUGCGAAUAUUCGUAUAUACGAAUACGUGACAUCCCUAAUAGUCACAUCACUAAGGAUAAUUAUACACUGCUUAGCUGAUAGAGAAUACUUUGAGGCAAUUUGAAAUAAAUACGUGGAGUUCCCUGCUAUCAGUUAUUAAUGUAUAAUCGUUUCUAAGGCAGGGUUUUACGGUAUAAUACCUACGGUAAAUUACGCCUUAUCUACAUAACAGAAUUGUGGUAUAUAAAAAUGUUUCCCUUCGGUGCAGUAUAAGGCUGUUUCUCCACUAAAUACCAAUUAAUUAAAACUCAUAAAAUUAAUUAAUGAUAAAGGUGUGUUUACAUCGGUUUAGGUUAGUUUUUCUAGGUGGGGGCAGUUUUACUACUGUACUAUUGAGUUUGGAUACCUUUACAUAUACAAUCUCUGUCCUUACAAACUAAGCCCUAGCCAAGAUGACAUUCGUUUGCAGAAAACAAAACGAAACGCUUGGAUAAACGGUAAUAAUGAUUGGGAAAGAUAGCGUUUCGUUUUUGCAAACGAUUGUCAUCUUAGCUAGGCCCCCAGGUCGUUCCUUCUAUCGAUUGCCAUGAUCGACCUAUGAAACCUAUACCGCAAAUAAUAAUCUCUUGGGUCUCUAGUGGAGAACCGGUUUUGCCCAAAAUAAUAUAAAAUAUUUUAUUAUCUCUAGCUACUAACAAAUUUCCUAAAAAGACAGCGACAUAGCAACUUAGUGCUGUUUAAAUGUAGUAGUUAUAUUUUUACAGUAGCGUAUAUUUACAUUUAAAUUAUAGAAUUCUGUAAUGACCUUUGGGCGUGAAAUAGACCUUAUGUCAUGUUGUGAGAGUUGAAAAUACUUUGACGCCAAACUUAUUAGAACAGCAGUAUAUUAGGUAACAAAUAAUGAAGCGGACAGUAGUGCUAACUCCUACCAUUCCUAGACAUAGACGUAGUGACAUAGCGAUCGCUCUUUAGAUAGAUUAAUUUGUGUUUUUUUUUUACGUGGGGUCACAUUUGGAGUUAUCGGCAGGAUUCUACACAUCUAACGGACUUUUUGUCUGGUAUUGUAGAACGCCCCUAAAAUACUGAGCGAAUAGAAUCAUGAACGACGUAUACAUGGGGCUUUUUAUCUGCUUCCUAUUUAUCGUAUGUCAGAAACCAAAGAUAGUCCAUUGAAUGAGUCCCUCCAAGGGGGGUCUAGAGUGCGUGAGUUAGUAACGUAAGAUGUUUCUUCGGAAAUAUGUCAAGUGUCCCUAGGUAAUAAACAUACUAA